AUGGCUUGUGGUUCGGCAUGUUGCGCCCCGGCUCAGAGCCCGGUCCAGCGACUCUCUGGAUCCGAAGCCGAGGUCGACGUUCUGAAACUGCCCGAACAGGGCGACACGACAACAGAUUUUGGCGAAAAGCUCGAGCAUGAGGCGAGCGGGGUCGUUGGCAAGACGUCUCGCACCGCCAGUCCCGCCCCUGGUCGGCCAUUGCAAGACACGGCGACUUGCUGCGACGACUGUGGCCACGUCACCGACCCAGUUCAAGACGACUGCGGGUGCGAUUCGACUGGCGCUUCGGAAACAGGCGGCUGCCAAGAUGGCUGCUGUGACGAGGCGACCCAAGCCAGCCAAGACAACAUCAACGGAGCGAAAACCGGCCGUGGCGUCGGCGCCAGCUGUUGUGCUCCCGAUGCCGCCUCGAAGGAGCCGGAGGCGCCCGAGUGCUGCGAGAACAAGCAGUCUCCUUGCUGCGACGAGACCUGCCUCGAUCGUCUUGCCCUCCGUGCAUGCGAGGACGAAAACUACGGGGCCAAGCCCAAACCUCGGGUCGAGUCUCCCUGCUGUUCAACGUCGCAGUGUGAAGGAGCAAACAGCGGCAAGCCAUGCGGCCAUCAUAUCCGCGCCACUCGCGACGCCUACGCCGCUACCCUCGAGGCUCUGGGCUGCAUCUGCCGCGCCUUGUAUGCUCUCGGGCAGGAGUCAUGCUGUCUACCCAAGGAGCGUUCGUCGGCUGACCGGAAGCGUGGAGGUUCAAAGCGCAUUUCCUCUCGUUCGACACCACGCCCCUCUGUCGAUUCCUGCUGCGCCGCUCCGACAGGCUCCUGCCCCUCGGCCGAGACGUCCCGGGUUGUAGGGAAAGCGGGCUGCAGUGGUCUUCCGCGAAGAACCCGUAGUUCAUGCUCUGGUGGCUGCCGUGGCGACACCCGUCCCCUGAGUGCCGCUAAUACCUGCGCCGAUGCCUGCUGUGCCAAGGACGGAGAUGCCUCCUUGGUUGUCUGUGAGCCAGAGCGUGGGCUUGCCGACAAAGACUCGAAUGUUGACCUCGAAAAGGGGUUGUCGGAGCGAGAGCAUGUCAUUCUCAGCAUCUCGGGGAUGACUUGCACAGGAUGCGAGACCAAGCUGAAGCGCACCCUCGCCUCUCUCAAGCCGGUCAGGAAUCUCAAAACAAGUCUAGUGCUUUCCAGAGCCGAAUUUGAUCUUGAUCUUUCGGCUGGGUCCGUAGCCGAAAUCAUAAAUCACCUCGAACGAACAACCGAGUUUUCCUGCCACAGGCUCACAAAUCAAGGAGCCAGCCUUGACAUCAUCGCGCCAGUCGACGUCUCGACUUUUAUCAAGCAGCAGUGGCCUGAUGGCGUUACAGACGUGACAGCCAUUGGCAAGAAGGCGGUCCAGGUUACUUACAAUCCCAAGAUCAUAGGUGCGCGGGAGCUUACUGAGCAUGGCUGGCAUAGUCCUGUGUCUCUCGCUCCCCCUCGUGCCGAUCCAACCCUCGCGGCCGGCAAUAAACACGUGCGCCAUGUUGGCUACAUGACCCUGCUUUCGGCGAUUCUGACUAUUCCGGUUCUGGUGCUGGCUUGGGCUCCGCUUCCCGAGAAGAGGAUCGAGUACGCAUCUGCAUCCCUGGCACUUGCUACCGUUGUCCAGGUCGUCGUCGCAGGCCCCUUCUACCCCAAGGCGCUGAAGAGCCUGGUUUUUUCCAGGGUUGUUGAGAUGGAUUUGCUCAUUGUCUUGAGCACGAGCGCUGCUUUCGUCUUCUCUGUCGUCUCUUUUGGCUAUCUGGUGGCAGGCCGUCCACUGUCCACGGGGACUUUCUUCGAGACGAGCACGCUCCUGGUUACCCUGAUCAUGGUUGGCAGAUAUGUUGCCACGCUUGCUCGCCAAAAGGCUGUCGAGUCCAUCUCACUCCAGUCGCUUCAGACGUCUGCUGCUGUUCUGGUGGAGGAAGAUCGAAUCAGCGAAAAAGAGAUUGACGCCCGGCUUCUGCAGUACGGCGACGUCUUCAAGGUUGCUCCUGAUUCGAGAGUCCCAACAGACGGUACCGUCUUGUCCGGGUCUUCCGAAGUUGACGAGUCUAUGAUUACCGGAGAAUCGAAGCCUGUUGAGAAAAGGCCCGGGUCUACCGUCAUCGCGGGAACUAUCAACGGCUCCGGGACGCUCGUUGUUCGGCUUACCCGGGUUCCCGGCGACAACACCAUCAACGCGAUUGCUGCCAUGGUCGACCAGGCAAAACUAUCCAAGCCGAAAUUGCAGCAUCUAGCCGACCGCGUUGCGAGCUACUUCGUCCCAGUCGUCGUCCUGCUGACAGCCAUUACAUUUGUAAUCUGGAUUGCGGUUGGGGUCGCUGUUCGCGGCCAACCUGGAGCUGAAGCCACCAUUCAAGCCAUCACAUACGCCAUCACGGUACUCAUCGUCUCCUGUCCUUGUGCCAUUGGGCUCGCCGUGCCAAUGGUCAUUGUCAUCGCAAGCGGUGUUGCUGCCGAGCACGGCGUCGUCUUCAAGUCGGCGGAGAGCAUCGAAAUUGCCCACAAGGCUGCACACGUCGUCUUUGACAAGACCGGCACGCUUACGCAAGGGAAACUGUCUGUCGUACGCGAGGAGUACACAGGAGGUAGCCAUGACGACUCUGCAGCGUUGCUGCUCGGCUUGCUGGAGGGCAUCAAACACCCAGUCUCGGCGGCCGUCGCUGCACAUUUGAGAGCAAAAGGCGUAUCACCAGAGCAGGUUUCUGACUCCAAAGUCCUGACUGGAAAAGGCGUGGAGGGUACUGCAGCGGGCAAAGUUCUUUGUGCAGGGAAUUCUCGCUGGCUCAACCUCUCCUCGGACCAACGCAUUCAGCCUCUGCUCGAGCAAGGCCAUACAACUUUUUGCUUCACUGUCGAUGGCCCGCUGCGAGCCGUUUACGCACUCGAGGAUACGCUUCGACCAGAAUCCCAGUUUGCCAUCGCCGGGCUGCAAAAGCGCGGCAUCGCCGUCCACAUCGUCUCGGGCGAUGACGACGGCGCUGUUCGUUCGGUGGCAGGGCAGCUCGGUGUCCCCGACAGCAACGUGCGCUCGCGCUGCAGUCCCGGAGAUAAGCAGGCCUACGUGCAGCAAAUCAUGGGCACAGCAGCAGGCGAUUCUGUUGGCAUCGGAGCCGCGCGAAAGAAGGCGGACGAGCUCCCCGUUGUCAUCUUCUGCGGCGACGGAACCAACGACGCGGUCGCCCUGGCCCAGGCCACCGUCGGCGUCGCCGUGCACACGGGCGACGACGGCACCGGCGCCGACGUGGCCAAGUCGGCCGCCGACGUCGUGCUCAUGCGCCCCAGCCCGGCGGGCAUCCUCACCGUGAUCGCCGUGAGCCAGAAGGCCGUCGCGCGGAUCCGCUUCAACUUCGCCUGGAGCUUCGUCUAUAAUUUGUUUGCUAUCUUGCUGGGCGCUGGAGCGUUCGUGCACGCCAGGAUCCCGCCUCAGUAUGCAGGCCUUGGCGAGCUCGUCAGCGUCCUGCCGGUCAUUCUCGCUGCGGUGCUUCUGCGCUGGUCCAAGGGGCUGAAGGAUUUGGGUUCCGCUAGUUCUGCAUGA